CGUCAAGCUUUGGUAAAUAAUCUCAUACAUUGACUGGAUAAAUUAUCGCCUUGGAAGAUCGGUGCCAAAGUGUGUGGAACAUCAGGAACUAGAAAAGCACCGACGCAGCUGUUGUAAUUUUGUUCAGAUUUGUAGAUAGACAAUACGUUGUUUAAUUGCUUUGUGAUGUUUGUUUAUUCAAGAGUGUUGGUUGUCAAACCAAUACUGUUGAUAUUGCCAUUAAUUUGUUAUGGUUUUGAGUUGAAACACCACAAUUAUGGAGAGAUGCAGGCCGUCAUCAACGAUGUACAUAAAAAAUGUCCAGAAAUCACUCGAAUAUACAACCUAGAUCACCAAUCAGUCCAGGGCCGAAAUUUAACCGUUUUAGAAAUAACUGAUAAUCCAGGGAUACACGAACCAGGGCAGCCAGAAUUCAAAUAUGUGGGUAAUAUGCAUGGAAAUGAGGUUGUGGGUAGAGAGAUACUACUUGCUUUCAUGGAAGAAUUAUGUCGAAGAUAUAAAGAAGAAGAUGAUAAAAUUCGAUAUCUGAUCGAUAACACUAGAAUCCAUAUUCUACCAUCCAUGAAUCCAGAUGGUUGGGAAAUGGCUAACAACAAAAUGCAGUCAAAUGGAGGUGUGUCUGAUUGGUUAUCUGGUAGAUCAAAUGCAAAUAACAUUGAUUUGAAUCGUAACUUCCCAAACCUCAACAAGAUCAUGUAUGAUCAUGAAGCUAAAGGAAAAGGCAAAAACAAUCACUUGCAGAAGGUUAAUCUAGCCAUGAAAGAUCCCAACUUUAAUUUACAACCUGAAACAAUUGCUGUGAUUCACUGGAUUAUUCAAAAUCCCUUUGUUCUAUCAGCUAAUCUACAUGGUGGAGAUCUUGUAGCUAAUUAUCCCUAUGAUGCUACUCGCAGCGGCAAACCUCAGGAAUAUACAGCUUCACCUGAUGAUGCUACUUUCAAAUCAUUGGCUGCAUCCUAUGCAGAUGCUCAUACUGUCAUGGCAACAGAUCAUAAACCAUGUGAUAUGUCUGGAGAUGAUAAUUUUGGUAAACAAGGUGGUAUUACAAAUGGUGGAGCCUGGUAUUCUGUACCUGGAGGUAUGCAGGACUAUAACUAUUUAGAGAGUAACUGUUUUGAGAUUACACUGGAGCUUGGGUGUGACAAAUUCCCACCUGCAUCCAAACUACCUGAUUUCUGGAACCAGAAUAAACAAGCUCUCCUCAACUUCUUACUUCAAGUACAUACUGGUAUCAAGGGUUUUACAAAGAGCACAUCUGGUAAAAGUAUCAAAGAAGUUGAAAUCAAGGUGACUAAUCUGACAAGUGGAGAAUACAUUGAGCAUGAUGUUCUAAGUGAUGAUGAUGGAGAUUACUACCGUCUACUUACUGAUGGUUAUUACCAGGUUACCACAAACAAAACUGGUUACCACCCAGUUACCAAGUGUGUUGUUGUCAGCAAUAAUCCUUUCCAAGGUGCUCAAAGACUUGACUUCACUCUCAUUCCAUCUCACAAGAAAGUUGAUAGAUCAGCAGAUGAAACAAACUGUGAAGAGAUCAAGAGUAGAGCUGAACAGGCAAUAAAUGGAGAUGAGACUGAUGAAGAGAUGAUGGCCGAAUUAAAGGAGCAGCUUAAAACUAAAGACUGGCGUAGUUUCAUGCAGUAUCUCUAUGACUACCAGCAAAAAUAAAUCUCAAUUAACAACAUUUACAUUAUGACUACUUAAUAGACCUGUUUUUCCUCAGCCAAUUGAUAUUGUUCAGUGACAGAUGCAUGGUUUAAACAGUUACUUAUAGGGAAUCUAAAACUCUUGAAGUCCAGAAAGGAUUGUCUCACCACAGAUUUGCUGUGUUUGGUAUCUAUCUAUGCCCUACAUCUGCCACUGUCAUAGUUAUUUUGAUUCAAUUACAAGCAUAUAUUGUUUUCAAUCAUUCAAUUUCUCAUAUCUUCACCUCAGUAGAAAUAAAAUCAGACAUUUAUUCAGUAGUAUAUGUAAUAUUUUUGAUAAUCUAUCAUUAUAAUUAGUUGAUAAAAUUUUAUUUUGCAAACUGUACUUAAUUACAACUAUAGCACGUCUUGAGUAAUAAGAAAAUGCAAAUAUAUGUGAAUGACAUCACAUAAAAUAAUUGUUAUCAAUUGGUAAUUUACAAAAUGAUUAGAUUUGUUAUGAUUUUAUUGUAUAUGGUCAUUUUUUGUUUCAUUACUUCCUAUUUCCAAAAUAUUACAAAAGACCAAUUUAUUUGAUAGGCUCACUCAUUCAAAACAUUCCUGUUUUAAGUAUAUCUAUUCUAAAAUCAAACAUUGCUCACAAUACAUACACUUGUUGCUUAACAUAAAGAUUAUUAUUGUUGUUAUUAUUUAUCCUAUCAUACUUUGUGCUGGAUGUUGUUUAUUAUUAAUAUUCUCUUGACCUUCACUCCCCCUUUGUUUGUUAUACACUUUCGUCUUUCCCCCCCAUAGUCAGUAUUAAGAAAUAAUGAAUUAUAAAAAUAAACAUGUUGUUAAUAAGGGACAGUGCAAUUAAUUUUUAUAAUUAGAAAUAUUAAACAUGAAAGUGGCGAAACCUCACCAUUUUAGGUCAAAGUAAAGAUUAAAUUGGUUUAAUAUUUGUACCAUAAAAUAGAUAUAAAUUUAUAAUGUACUUAAACUUUAAGUUACCCCGUCUCAUGUAUAAUACUGUGCAUUUACAAAUCAAAAUACAAUGGGAUAUCAAAAUGUGAUAAUUAUAAAUAUAUGGCAUCAAAAAUAAAAUUAUAUAUUGUACUUGACCUUUUAUGUGAAUAUUGUAUUAUGUAUUGAAUGUAUCCUGAAAUAUUUUUAAAAAUUUAUGUUGUUCACAUGAUCUUAAAAUGAAAAUAAUUGUAGAUAAUAAUUGCAAAUAAUUAACUCAUAUAUUGUUCUGUAUUUAAAAUUAAUUACCGGUGGUAAUAGUGUUUAUAAAGUAAAUUUUAUUUAGAAGUUGUAUUUUUUGAACAAAUUCAGAAAUAAUUCAGUGUAAUUCUAGUCAUGUUAAAAAAAAAACCCCAAAAAUCUUAUAAUUCUAGUCAUGUCAACAAACAAAUCAUUACUUUUUGAACAUUAAUUUUAGUAUUGUUGUUUUUUUUUGAUGAUAUAAUAACCCUCUGUAAUAAAUGUAUUUGGCAUACCUAGGCAAAUCCUGGGAGUACAAACGAAGGGAGUAGAUAUAAGCUCUGAUUAGAAUUAGAAUCUCAUUCAUCCCUCAAAUGCAUAUUAAUGUUUAUUAUGUUAGGUGUUAAAGUUGAAAAUGAUUUAUUUGUUAUCAACAAAAGUAACAAAAAAUCCCAUUUUGUGAUGAUAAAUUUUUUUGUUAAUGUGACAAUGAUAUACCAUUUGGAGAUAUCAAAAAAGAGAUUAAAAGAGAUAAUUGAAAAGAUUAUAAAGGAGCUUUUACUCCCUUCUUUUUACCUCCCUUGGUCAAGCAUAUAAUCUGGUAGAUAAAGUCUAAGAUAAUGUUUUUUUCACGGUCAUUCCAUGUUAAGUGGGCAGUGCUUGUCGGGAGACCCCCUCAGAAUAUUAUGAAAAAAAUAUAUUUUAUAGUACAUACAAACUUCUGUAAAACUGCAAAGUUAUUUGACUCUAGUAUUAAUAAUUAUUGACAAAGAUAUGGUGAAUUUUUAAUCUAUAUAACAUUCUCUACAAACCCCAAAAUUCCAAGAAUAUAGACUGACUAAAAGGAAUGAAAUAAGAACACCAAAAUCAAGUCAUAGAAUAGUAGUUUAAAAGCUUGUGAAAGGGUACCCCAAUUCAAAAGAUCUUAUCUUAGUCAAUAUUAAUGCUAGAGUCAUAUAACUGUAGAGUUUUGCAUAAGUCUAUGUACUAUAACCUGUAUUAUUUUAAUAAUUUUCGGAGAAUUUGGUCCACUUGACAUGGAAUGACCCUUCAGGCAUUAACUGGUUUUGUCUGCUGUAUAAUUGUGUGAAAGUAGAUAUAAAUUCUCUUGAUUAUAUUAUUAGCCAUUUUAUAUUCAUAAGUCUCACACACAUGAAACUAAGCUUCUAGAACUUCUAGUCUCAAAAUUUAUCUUACUUCACUUUUAUUCAUUUAUUUGCUCAAGGAUCAUGAAGUUGUGGUUAGUGAUAAAACUAUGUGUUCUUCCAUGAAAUCCAUAUUCCAAAAUGACAUGCAGCCCGUGAUACAUUUGUAUACAACCAAUAACUAUUGCUUUGUUUGUGAUAAAACUUGGAAUUUUGUGCUCUUCCAUGAAAUCCCUAUUCAAAAAUGACACUUCUCCCAUGCAGUAGCAUACAACUCACUGUAAAAUUCCUCCAUAGUAAAUAAGUAUGUUUGUUGUAUUCAAAUUAAUAUCUUAAAAUAAAAUUGUAACAAUUAUAGUUUGUUAUCUUAGUGUCAUAUGGUUCCUUGUAUUUUUGCACCUAUUUAACCUCCUUAUAUAGGCUAUAAUGGUUCCAUGUAUUUUUGCAUCUAAACUUUUUGAAAGCAUUACUAGUAUCUAAGAUGAACUCAGAACAGUACCGUAUCUAGAAUUUUAUCAUCUUUGAAACAUGGAAUCUAGACUUAAAAUCACAUCAAUAAUUUGGUACUACAAAUCCUCUAUUUGGCAUAUAUACAUGUACCACCAUUUUACAAAAUAAGUAAAUGUUCGCAACCACAGGCCUACAGUACAGUUUUAUUCAUUCAUAACUCUAAAAUUGAUGUGGUUAAUACAUGUAUGUGGAGUAGUGCAAGUGGUUGUAACUCUAGAUUUGCCUGAAUACACUUACUUAUAUGCCUAGCUGCAGCAUCUGUGUUUCAUAUAUGGCCUAGUGUGCUUGAUAGAUGUUUUUCAAAAUUGUGGAUACAUUUCAUUGGUUAAUUGGGGAAAAUCCCAUCAAAAUACUCUGCACAUAAACAUUUGUUAACAGACUUUGUAAAUUGCUGUACAUGUAUCUCAAAUAUUGUCCGAGAUAGAGCAUAACCUUUUUGUCAACUCUCUUCUUUAAUUUGGGUCUUUUAUAGGUACCUUGGUGCUAUGAACCCAUAGCUAGUCAAACUAUACAAAUUGAGUUACAAUCUCUUGCAGACCACAACAUUCAUAUAGAAUAAAUCUUUUAGAUGUUUUGUUUUGUCAAUAAAAAGUCACAUGUUGAUCAUGUUGAUAAAACUGC